AUGACAUCGGGUUGGAAUCUGGAGAAGAUCAAAGCUUUUGUGUUGACUACAUGGCACCAUGGUCCUCAGAACGAGCAACCCUGUCCUGUCUGUAACAGCUUGCAGAGAGUGUCGACGUGGAAUAGUGUUCCUGACAAAGGAGGUGUCCUCUUCUUCACCACAACAGCUUCACUGAAAGCGUCUGCGGCGGAAUGCACAGUCUGUGAGGUGUUUCAUGUGGCGCUCACCAAGUACCCAUGGGCACCUGAACGGCCUUCUAGCCGCAUAUUACGACAAAACAAUGACCAGAACCAGGUCAUUGUCAGUGAUCGACUACCAUGGUCAUAUCUCGCUCCUUUCCACCCUCUCUCCGUCAAUCCUUCUUCCGAAGUCAAUUUCAGACUUCUGCAUAAAUGGAUAAUAGAAUGCAAGUCUGUCCACAAGUCGUGUAAUUACCGAGUAAAUCAGACGCUCCCAACACGCGUGAUUGAGCUACUAACAAACUCUCAUAUCCCAAAGCUGAGAUUAACGAACUCGACAGGAAUGACAGGUCUCUACUGUGCACUCAGUCAUUGUUGGGGCAGACUCGAGGGCCUUAAGCUCACAAAUGCAUCGAGCAGCUCGCUACAGCAGUCCAUCUCGUGGGAGAGUCUACCGAAGACAUUCCAAGAUGCCCUGAUCGUCACUCGCAAUGUUGGGGUGCGCUACCUUUGGAUAGAUGCACUCUGCAUAUUGCAAGAUGAUGCGGCUGACUGGGCCUUCGAAGCUGCCAAUAUGGCUGCAGUAUACAGUAACGCCUUCCUCGUCAUUGCGGGUUCGAGUGCUCCCGAUGGAAGCGUAGGUUGUUUCACAGAGCGGAAGCAAAUGCCAUGCGUCAAAGUUAGAUCAAAAUCCGGGAUCUUCAGUUUACGUGAUAUCCGACCCAAGAUCUUCGUCCGAGAGCGAUUGGAACACGUUGAUUUCGAUCCUAACCAUCUGCACACCAACACUGAUCUCGAACCUCUUCUGGGUCGGGCCUGGGCGUUCCAGGAACGGUGGCUAGCUGCAAGAAUUCUACACUACGCUUCCAAGGAGAUGAUUUGGGAGUGUAGGAGCUCGAUGCACUGUGAGUGUGGUGGCUGUGAUAAGGAGGAGGAUAAUCGAGUUAUCGACCUGCAGUCCGACAGCAUUCAUUCUGAAUUCGAUCCCAUGAGAGCUGUUGCAAAGUGGUUUGUAAUUGUGGAGAACUAUACCGCUCGCAGCUUACGAAUACGAUCGGACAAGCUCAUAGCUCUUGCGGGCAUCGCCAGGCAAUCACGCAACGCUGCUCUUGGAAGGUAUCUUGCCGGGAUAUGGGAAGUUGCGUUUGUCCGAUCACUCCUGUGGUGUGUAGUUCGUCGUCAUCAAGAUCAUCCUUUCGUCCGAAGUCGGAAUGCCUACGUCGCUCCUUCGUGGUCAUGGGCUUCAGUUGAUAGCCCUGUUCAAUAUGGCUAUGUCAAAGAUUUUCGUGGCCUGGUCGAUGCCGAGGCUGUCGAAGUCGACUGCAGGCUUGGAAGUCCUGACGAACAUGGCCAGGUAACCGGAGGAUAUGCGGUGAUGAGGGCGCGACUCACGAAACUAAAGCUUGUCAACAAUGGAUGCGAGAGCGAAGAGGAAGAUGGAUAUGGCGGAAGAGUUGUGCCACCUCAAGUGAGUGGAGUAGACGGCCUUCUGCUUAACAGCAUUUGGCUGGAUGUUGAUUUGUAUGAAGGUAGAGACUAUUGCAGUGAUGGUCAGCCACUUUUGGGUGCACUUAUCAUGAUAGAUCCUCUAGAUGCUCAAAAAUGUUCGGCGCUCAUACUGAGGCCCUCGCGACCGCACGAGAAAUCGUCGGAAACUGGAGACUGUGCAAGCGCAUUUGUGAGGAUUGGUGUGACCACAGGAGCUCGGGUUUCGACUUUUGAGAAUGAGAAGCAAACUAUCACUAUUAUCUGA